AACCUUCCAAUAGCGCUAUUGCAUCACAUAUGACAACCCGCUUUGCCCCCGUCUAGUGUGGAUUGCUCUCCGUUGCUGGCUCCCGAGUCACAAGCUCGACUACCUAGGUCCUAAAAUAAUUCAUUUUCGUUUUGGGAGUGUUAAAUAAUUGCCUCCCCGGUACUUCCGGAAAUGCGACAUUACUUGUCCUGUGGAUUAUAGCUGCUUCUCAAAUGCACUCCCGACAGGUUUCCAUCAUCAGCAUCCAGGUGGAUAAUGAUAAUUCAAUUACCUAUACUUCUCAUGAAGCCCAACCAUCAAUGAUACCUAGGUAAAGGUACUUAAUCAGGCAGUAUGGCGAGCACACCUGAACGCCAACCUCGGGCCUCGCUCCUCCAGGGUAUACCGGAGCCGCCUAGCUUGAUAAUUUCCGACGGAGAGGUAUCACCAUCGUCUGACGGUGUAGUAGAUGAGGAGUCGCUGUAUAUCGACCAAGACGAUGCUCAAUCCAUCAUACAGCCGGCUUUAAGUCCUGCAGCGACAAGGCUCACCUUGCCGAAGACUCCUGCAGCAGAGAAGGUGGCAGCUUUGGAGCGGGUGCCAGGCAGAGGUCUGUUUAGUGUUAUCGAGGGACCGAUCACUUCAGAGCCGGAUAGUCUGCAUCCAUUAGCAAUGGGUUCGACUAGGACGGCUUACCAAACGGCCGGUACAAGGGCGCAAACGCGCCAAAGUAGAGGUCUUUCCCUAGGUCAACUUCCUUCGAACCAUUCACCUACGUACAGAUUUCCAUCGCCAUGGCAGUCGGGGCCAAAGCAGAUGGUUGUGCAGAAUGAGCCUAGUUCGAGACCAGCUCUAUCUGCCGUAUUUGGUCAGAAUAAUGGCCAUCGACGUUCUUCGUCCGGGGGAGCAGAUGCGCUAAAGAGGAUACGGGAGGCUUUGCCAUCUAUGCCAUCUAUGCCAUCCAUGUCCAUGCCAUCCAUGUCUAUGCCAUCAAUUUCUCUGCCGUCAUUCUUUUCGGGACCAUCUUCAACGAAGAGCGUAGGGCUGGAUGCAAAGAAGACUAUUACUUCCAAUGACAGUGCACCAAGGGCAGGGCGGCUCAUAUUCACAGAAACGCCUGUCCUAACCCCUAGGAACAUAGCCCCGCCGGAAAAUAGGCAAUCGCUUAUGGCUCUGCCCAUCCGCGAUGCUGAUGGCUCUACAUCGUCUCGACCGCCAACCCGGCCACGGACAAUGCGGCGGUCAACUUCUGAUGAAUCCAUACUCUACCAUUCACUAUCUAGGAUGUCGUCCUUUGGUGACGACGAUAGAUGGAAUGAUAUUAGAGAGCAGAAAAACAGCAGGCUCAAAGCUAUCACGGAUAGCUUGGACGUACCUACAUUCAAAUUACCACAGUUUCCAAGUAUCAUUCCAGCUCCGCUCAAGAGAAAUUCAACACUGGGGUUCAAUCAGUCAGACUCGUCUUUAUCAGGUACCCCACGUACCUCUACAUUCUUCGAUAUCGGCCCAUCAAAUAACAGCGAUACAAAUCUGUCGGAUCUGGAUCGUGCUUUGGAGCUAUUAACCGGCGAUAUUGUCAUCAUGGGUGGAUACCGUGGGUCUAUCCUGAGGUCUACCAAAACUAAUCGUCAGGUCUGGGUACCCGUAAAGGUUGGGCUGAACAUUCGAAAAGUAAAUUUGGAAGUUGGUUUGGAUCCCGAGGACGAAGAAAGAAUGGAAGAGACAAUAUACGCCUCCGGCAUGCUUAAAAACAUAGGACUGGUUGAUAUCUCGAAGCGCUUGUUCAAGAGAUUGAGAGAAUGCGAAAAUGCCAGGUCGGGAAAACUAAGGGUGUGGGAUUAUGGCUGGGACUGGCGUUUAAGUCCUCAUCUACUUUCGCGCAAAUUGAUCGCCUUUCUCGAACAGCUGCCCUCAAAUCAGGGCUCUGGCCUCUCCGAAGGCAAAGGGGCACUGGUCAUUGCACACAGUCUCGGAGGACUUAUUACUCGCCACGCUGUAAAUCAACGGCCUGAUCUAUUCUCGGGAGUAAUUUACGCAGGGACUCCGCAACGAUGCAUAAAUAUAUUAGGACCGAUCCGCAAUGGCGACGCUGUGCUCUUUAACGAGAAGGUCUUGACGGCGCAAGUUAACUUUUCGUUAAGGACGAGUUUUGUUUUCCUACCGGAAGACGGCUUCUGCUUCAUAAAUAAGUAUACUGGCGAACAGUAUCCAGUCGAUUUCUACGACCCGCAACAAUGGAUAAAAUACAGCUUGAGUCCGUGUAUAGAGCCGUCUUUACCCUCCUAUAAGUCUCGUUCCGGCGCACUCAGCUCCCUGAGAGAGCUUUCUGAGAGACUACCGACCCCAUUAAGGAGCCGGGGAAAUAGUGCGGCUAGCGAAUCCCGGUCGCCAACUCGCAAUCUAGUGGCCGAGGCGGUACGGAAAGUCGAGGUAUCUAACGACAGGACCCUGGCACCACAAAUGGGAACGCUGCAUGGAGAUUCGAGCACAGCUCAUCAACAACAGCAGAAAAACAUUGACCACGACGCCGGGACACGCAGCCGCAACCUCGCGUACCUGACCCGGACGCUUGCCGAGAUCAAGCGAUUCCGGGCAGAGACCCAGCACCGGCCGGAGCACACGCAAGCCAACGCGUACCCACCGUUAGCAGUUAUCUACGGCAAGGAAGUACCAACUGUGUGGGCGGCGAGCGUUACGUCACGCGAAGCAAUUGCGUGCGCGGAUGCGUACGACGACUUAGUUUUCCGCAGCGGCGACGGCGUCGUGCUUGCCCGCGAGGCCAUGCUCCCUGAGGGGUAUGAGCUCGUACGCGACGGUCAAGUUAGUACUGACAGAGGGCACAUUACCAUGUUGGGCGAUAUGGAUGCCGUCGGAAAGGCUUUACUAGCAGUGAUAAGGGGUCGCCGGAAGGGCAUCGGACUCGAGGGUCCUAGAACUUAACCUUUUCGCAGCCGUGCGAUUAGGGUUUUAUGAUAGAAUAACUAAGUAUAACCCGGGUUUUAUUAGAAUGGUUUAGAUUGCCGAGAAAGAAAGAUAUACGGGCAACCGAAAAAGAAUAAGAAAGGCAUCAUGGGCGCAUUGGAUAGGUCCUCAUUAGCGAUGGGUCUUUUUUUUGUUUCUUC